ACGCUUCCCCUGCCCGGCGGCGGCACGAUGAGCGCGGCGGGCGGCAAGGCCCGGCCGGUGGCGGCGGUGGAGCCGGCUCGAGCGGGCGGCGCGGCGGCGGCGGGCGGCAAGGAGGUGCCCAAGGUGCUGGUGGACCCGCGGACGCGGCGCAGCUACGUGAGGGGCCGCUUCCUGGGCAAGGGCGGCUUCGCGCGGUGCUACGAGCUGACCGAGGCCGAGAGCCGCGAGGUGUUCGCGGGCAAAGUGGUGCCCAAAUCGCUGCUGGCCAAGCCGCACCAGAAGGAGAAGAUGUCCAUGGAGAUCGCCAUCCACCGCAGCCUGGCGCACCGCCACGUCGUCGGCUUCCAGGGCUUCUUCGAGGACAACGAUUUCGUCUACGUCGUGCUGGAGCUGUGCCGCCGUCGGUCGCUGCUGGAGCUGCACAAGCGGCGGAAGGCGCUGAGCGAGCCCGAGGUGCGCUACUACCUGCGGCAGACCAUCCUGGGCUGCCAGUACCUGCACAGCCAGCGCGUCAUCCACCGCGACCUCAAGCUGGGCAACCUCUUCCUCAGCGAUGACAUGGAGGUGAAGAUCGGUGACUUUGGCCUGGCCACCAAAGUGGAGUAUGAUGGCGAGCGCAAGAAGACCCUGUGCGGGACCCCCAACUACAUCGCCCCGGAGGUGCUGGGCAAGAAGGGGCACAGCUUUGAGGUGGAUAUAUGGUCCAUUGGCUGCAUCAUGUAUACUCUGCUGGUGGGGAAGCCGCCUUUUGAAACCUCUUGUCUCAAAGAAACAUACAUCCGAAUCAAGAAGAAUGAGUAUACUAUUCCCAAGCACAUCAACCCCAUAGCUGCUAACCUCAUUCAGAAGAUGCUAAGGUCUGACCCUGCCACGCGCCCAACUAUCAACGAGUUGCUGAACGAUGAGUUCUUCACAUCAGGGUACAUCCCCAGCCGCUUGCCCACCAGUUGUCUCACUGUUGCACCUCGGUUUUCAAUCGCUCCCAGCACACUUGAACUGAACGGGCGAAAGCCACUGACAGCACUCAACAAAGGACCAGAAAGCCCUGCAUUAGAGAAUUUGCCUGAGAAGGAAGAUGCAGCUGGGCUGCGGGAGAUGGGAGACGCCAUUGACUGUCACUUAGCUGACAUGUUACAGCAGCUGACUGCAGUCAACUCAGCCAAACCCUCUGAGAGAACGGCAGUGAGACAAGAAGAAGCUGAAGACCCGGCCUGUAUUCCCAUCUUCUGGGUUAGCAAAUGGGUGGACUACUCGGAUAAGUACGGUCUAGGUUAUCAGCUGUGUGACAACAGCGUUGGAGUUCUCUUCAAUGACUCCACUCGUCUUAUCAUGUACAAUGAUGGGGACAGCUUGCAGUACAUCGAGCAGAACAACACCGAGUCCUACUUCACUGUGAGAUCCUGUCCAUCUGCCUUGAACAAGAAGAUAACACUAUUGAAAUACUUCAGGAACUACAUGAGCGAGCACUUGCUGAAGGCGGGUGCUAACAUCACGCCUCGGGAAGGAGAUGAGCUGGCACGUUUACCCUACCUCUGCACGUGGUUCCGGACCCGCAGUGCCAUCAUCCUGCACCUCAGCAAUGGCACUGUGCAGAUCAACUUCUUCCAGGACCACACCAAAGUCAUCUUGUGCCCGCUAAUGGCCGCUGUCACAUACAUAGAUGAGAAACGGGACUUCCGCACGUACAAGCUGAGCCUCAUUGAGGAGCAUGGAUGCUGCAAGGAGCUGGCCAGCCGGCUACGCUAUGCUCGCACCAUGGUGGAGAAGCUCCUCGGUUCAAAAUCUGGCUCAGCCCGUGUGAAAUCCUCCACUUAGGCUUUGGUCUUGAUGGAACCGACAUCUGUGCCAAACUGGCUCAGCUGUGGACAGGGAAGUCUAUCAGCAUCCCUUGUACUGUAACCUGCCAUCACACAGCUGGGCUCCCGCUCCUGGGUAUGCUCCAGUUGCCCCCAGGGAGCCCCUGAUGCUGUGGUGA